AUGUUUCGCCCGUGGCCCAACCAAGCUCAACCAGACCGCUCAUGGGCUACUUUCAAUAAUGCCGCCGGCAACAGAAUCAACAUCAACAACUUCGGGCUCCAUCCACGCGGCCAUGCCGCGCCAGCAUUCAUGAAUCCGGAACCCCGCCUGUUCAACUUCUCACAGCUCUUCAACAUCACCACCAACAACUUUGGCCCCGUGCCCCUCCGCCCCAAUCAGCCAGGCCGGCUCCGCAACCGAGUGACUGUGGUUCUCCCCGACGGCUCGCGAGUCUUGCUCGAACGCGACCUACUCCACGAGCACCUCCCCCGGACCCGAAACUUCAUGCAGCGCGGCCUCUUCCCCGUCCCCGAGUUUCUCCGAGGCUACGACGACGGCUUCAUGGGAACUCUGAUUGACCCCCGAUACUUUGAGCAUGCUUUCGCCCGCGGCACCACCUUUGUCUUUCGACAUCUCGAGGGCCUGUGCCAAUCAUACACGUCGCCGUACGGGGGCGCAGGUGCAGCAGGCGGCGGCGGCGCCGCCUUUGACCUGUUCGCCCGGCCGCGCUACCUCCUCGCAAACGCCCGCGACCGAGGCGUGACCGUCCGGGAGAUAUUCUGGCACGUCUUCAUACUCUGCUGCGUGCUGGACCAGGACCGCGCGUUCGGCUGCUCCGAUUUGCUGGCUCGGCCGAUUGCCGAGUUCCUCGUCGACUUUCUGCCGAGCGUGGAGGCGUUCUUGCCACCGCUAGCGAUGCAGAUUCUGUUUGUGGGAUACGCUCGCAUCUUUCGCGAGUCGGUAUUUGAGCUGGAGGUGUUGAAGCAGAUGUGGGAGUCGAUGGAUGUCAUGGACCAGACGCACAUCAGGGGGAUGAUGGGCCCCCAGUUGGCGACGAAUGGGAUGGGGAAUAAUGCGCAGCGGGUGUGGACAGCGCUGAGGCACCUUGGCCUUGUCUGA